UCUUUAAAACGUCUACAGCGCCAAACUUUGGGCUCCCCAACGGGAAAAUGACGAGCAGCGAAGAGGAGCCGCAGUGGAGGAAAGUGCAUUCCGUUACAGGAGUGAUACCUCGGUCCAGGCAUGGACACCGUGCAGUCGCAAUCCGGGAGCUCAUCGUCGUUUUCGGUGGUGGAAACGAAGGGAUAGCGGAGGAUCUCCAUGUUUACAACACUGUCUCAAAGCAGUGGUUUCUACCUGCGGUUAGGGGUGACAUCCCUUCUGGCUGUGCAAAAACUGUGUUUAAGCUGAAAUGGAUGUAUGUUUUUGGCGGCUGGAUUCCUGCUCCGGAGUCAGAGACACACAUUGCUUUAGGAACUGAAUGGAUCUGCACUAGUUCCCUGAGCGUUCUCAACUUAGACACUAUGACUUGGCAGAACCUUGGCCCAGAGCAGCACGAUGAUGAUAUAGAGUCCCAGCUUCAGAGCCAGGGACCACAGACCGAUGAUCCAUAUGCCUGCAGGCCAAGAGCCAGGGCUGGCCACUGCGCCGCUAGCGUUGGCUCCAGGCUUUACGUUUGGAGCGGUCGUGAUGGAUACCGCAAGAGCUGGAACUACCAAGUGUGCUGCAAGGACCUGUGGUACCUGGAAACAGAUCGACCAGCGACCCCAGAGGCAGUGCUGCUCAUCAAAUCUACUGUCAGCAUGCUCCAUGUGGCAUGGCGCCCCCUGGCUGCGGCAGACUGCUAUAUCCUCCAGAUCCAGCCUGCAAGUUCCCCGAGGACUACAGUGAGUGGUCCCAAACCAGCGGAUCCAACAGGAAUAGAUGGUCAGAAUGGAAAGGAAAAACAAUCUGCUGAAACCGCAAACCGAGAAGAGAAAGGAGCAGCACAGCAGGAUACUUCAGCAAAAUCUUCAAAUGGCUCAGCAGACAGUCAAGCACGGGGUGGGAGGAUCGAUGGGAGAGACUUGAAAGAGGACUCUAACCUAAAACUUUGCACUGCUGGGCAGGAGACGGCAGCAGCAGAUCUCAGCAGCUCAGCUCAGCUCCAGUCAGGCAAAAAGCCGGUUUCUGCAGACAAGACAGCAGAUUUUUAUACCCACACAGAUCAGGUUCGGCAGAAUCCAGACAACGCUGUGUGGUUUGAUGUCGGCGUGUUCAAAGCACUAUUCUCUGAGGUCAGCCACUACUACCUACCUGCUGAUGGUGACCAGGUGACGUCUGCCAUCAACAGUCGGGGAACGAACACUAAAGAGAAGAAGCUGCCAGGGCCUCAGGACUACCAGGGCAGAGAGAAGCAGGAGCUGGCUACCGGUCAGACAUACAGGUUCAGAGUUGCAGGCAUCAACUACUUUGGCCAGGGAGAUUUCAGCCCGGUCAGCGAGUUCAAAACCUGCCAGCCUGGCUUCCCUGGAGCACCCUCUGCUGUUAAGAUUACCAAGGCCACUGAUUCAGUCCACAUCACCUGGGAGGCUCCUUCAUCUCCAUCGGGCCGGAUCCUGGAGUAUUCCAUGUACAUGGCAGUGAGGAAGAGCCGCUCAUCCACUUCGGAUCGGCCGGGUCAGAUGGCAUUCAUCCGGAUAUACCGUGGCACCAAGACCUCCUGCUCGGUCAGUUCCAGCCACCUGGACAACGCGCACAUCGACAGCUCUGCCUCCAACCGACCAGCAGUCGUCUUCCGGAUCGCUGCAAAGAAUGAGCAAGGCUACGGCCCAGCCACGCAGAUCCGCUGGAUUCAAGAUCCCAGUACACUGCGAACAUCGCUAUCCAAAGCUGACAGCAGUGCUGAGGCUGACAACGACGCUGCUGACAGCUCCAGCUGAAAAUGUUUUAGGGAAAGGACUUUUCACUCAAGAUGCUGGCAAAUCUAUUUCCCAAUAGUUUUGUUAAUUUAUUUUUAAUCUAUUUAAUUUUUACUUUGUAAAUAGAUUUACAUUUUCACAGGCUGUUUGGCCACUGGUCUGUUUUAGUUAAAGUGUUUUGUUAAGUAAUUAUUAUAGUAUUAUAAGAUGUAGAAAACACUGCAAGUAUUGUUUGAAAUGCAUUCAGGAAGACGUGAAGACGCCUCAGUGUUUACUGAACAAGCCACUGACGGGUUAUGAGAUGGAAACACGAGUGGUCCUUUUACAGGCCCCACCGGUCCCACGAGGUUAUGAAAUAUCAGCAAUGUUACUCAUGUUUUUGUGUCUUCCUCAGCCACACUCAGUUACUGCAAACAUGUUUCCGUUAUACGUCUAUAUAAUUUCAGUUUGAUUUUUCUUUGUCUUUACAUUUAUCUCACUGUAAUGUAUGUGUAAUACAUCAGUGCUUUUAUUAGCAUGUUCAAAAGCCAUGUACUCUUAACCUAUUUCUGACAUAAAAUAUUAUUUCAGUAUACUCAUAGCCACAGAAAACAGUCACGUACUGGGUGAAAGGUAUUACAGCUUUGCCAUCUUCUCCAUCUUUACCAGGUGCAGUAAAGAUGCCACACUUUUUACCUGUUUCAUUUUCCUCUUAUAAAAGACUCGCACUCAUCCAUAUAUAGUGUCAUCAGUUAGCCACUGGAAUUUACACUGAGUAAAUUGUUGUUUUUAUAAUUCAGAUUAUAUCAAUCUGGACCUGUUUUCUUGAAGAUUUAUAAAUAUAAAUGUCAUGAUAGUAUCAGCAAACAUCAGCCUGUAAUUGUCCUAUUGAGGACACUCGCAGCUUUGCUUGGACCUCAAUAAUGUACAGACCACAGGCAGUUAUUACAGAGGCUGGGUGAAAUACUGUUGCAAUAUAAUAGAAAACAAAAAAAGGGGUGAAUUUACAUUUUUCACUUUUAAAGCGGUGACCAGAGAGUGCACAAAGUUUCUAAUGACAAUCAUUAGUGGCACUGUAUAGGAUGUAAAAGAAAGGUGCUCGAGAUACGACUACCUGCUGGAUGCUGGUGUAACACCUGUGUGUGGGCCGGUGGAGAUGUGCUUCAGCAUCUUUGGUCAGUUUGUUGCUCUGGAUCAGCAGCAGCUUCUUCUGCUAUCUAAUUGCAGAUGUGUGCAAGCUGCUCUGGUCUCACAGGUGAUGAAGUCUAAUGUGUGUAUAACUAAUCAAUGUGACCUGCAAUAAUAAUAAUAAUUAAAAAAAAAACAUACAUCCA